AUGACCUUGGAACAAGCAGUAAGAGAUAUUGAGGAAAUUGAAUCAAGAAUCUUGGCUGAAAAUGCAAAUGAUUUUUCAUAUGUUGGUUCAUCUACAAAUGAUUUCAAGGAGGAGAAUGCUAUGGUUGGGGGUAGCUUGCAAUAUGCUUUUGAUACUGAGAAUGAAAUCAUUGUAGGAUUCGAGGAAGACGUAGAAGAGAUAGUGCAUAUGCUCAUUCAGUCAGAGUCCAUAGAACGAGACAUUAUCUCAAUCGUGGGCGAAGGAGGCAUUGGAAAGACAACAUUAGCCGAAGUAGUCUUUCAAGAUCAACGUAUUACUGCUUGCUUUGAAACUCGAGCAUGGGUUGUUGUGUCUAAAGAAUAUAACCUUAAAGAGAUGCUCAUUGGUUUAUUACGUUGUAUUAUGCCGAUUACUAGAGAAAUCUCUAACAUGGACGAAGAUCAACUAGAAGAGCAACUACGUAGAAGUUUGAUGGGUAAGAGGUAUCUAAUUUUCUUAGAUGAUGUAUGGACUACCAAAGUCUGGUAUGCCAUCCAAAGAUGUUUUCCACGUAAUUCUAAUGAAAGAAAUCCAAUCAUGAUAACUACUCGGGUAGUUGAUGUGGCUGAACACUUAAGUUAUUUUUGUGACAUAAAAAGAAUGAAGUUCCAAAAUCUAGAGAACAGUUGGAAAUUGUUUUCUAUGAAGGUGUUUGGGGGAAGAUGUUUUUGCACCCCUGUACUAGAGCAACUUGGGCGUCAAAUUUCUUCUCAAUGCCAGGGAUUACCAUUAGCAAUUAUUGUGAUAGCUAGAUUUCUUGCAACAACCAAAGGAUCAUUAGAAGUAUGGAGAGAAGUUGCAGAAACAUUGGAUGGAAUGGAUUGGGCUGAUGACAAAACUUCGAAAAUACUUUUUUUGAGCUAUAAUUACUUGCCUAGUCAAUUAAAAGCUUGCUUUCUUUAUUUUGGAGUUUUUCCUAGCAAUUGUUCUAUCCCUAUUAAGAAAUUAAUCAACUUAUGGGUUGCAGAAAGAUUUUUAAAGCCAGAGAAAAAUAAGAGCUUGGAGGAAGUAGCAGAGAAUUGCUUGCUUGAUCUUAUUAACAGAAGUCUAGUUCAAGUUGACAAAGUAAGUAAUGAUGGCAAAAUGAAGUUGUGUAAAAUUCAUGAUCGGUUGCAUGAGAUUUGUGUGAGAGAGGCUGAAACAGAUAACGUUGUUCAGAUCAUCAAUAAAACAUAUUUCCAAACAGUUUGUCGAUGGAUAAGUUGUCAAUCAAGUCAUUGGCCUUUCACUCAAGCCAGUUGUGGGAAAAACAGGUACAGUAAAAUCCACUCCAUUCUCUUCUUUGGCAAAGAGUUCUACUUUUCAAAAUGCAGGUUGGUGUACUCGUGUUUGAAAGUGCUAACAGUACUGGAUCUGUCUUUGGUUAAAUACUUACAUGGCAUGCCUAGUGGAAUAACGGAUUUGAUUCAUUUGAGAUACUUGGCUUUAAACACUAUAGGUUCUCUUCACAAGUUUAGAUUGUUGAAGCUUCAAAAUUUGCAAACUCUCAUUGUCUGUUCAUGGAUAGAAGAUUAUCCUUUGCAACUACAGAGUAAUAUUUUGGACUUGCCACUGUUGAGACAUUUGCGCCUUGAAAAGAGGUGUUCACAAUAUCUCCCAAGCAUGGUUCGAGAAAAUCUACAAACUCUUUAUUGGUUGAAAGUUUCUAGCUCGAACCAAAAUCCAAACUUUAGAAUGGUUCCAAACUUGAAGGAACUAGGGAUUUACAUCGAAGGCAAACUGGUGCCUAGUUGUCUUAAGAGAUUUGUCAAUUUACAUCAACUUGAGAAGUUAAAAUUUGAAAUUGGAAGGGUUGAGCGGUUUUACCUUCCUACUGCUUUUCCGUCAAACCUUAAGAAAUUGACAUUUCGUCGAACUUAUCUUCCAUGGAAAAAGUUGGGUGUAAUUGGUAAGUUGCAGAAGCUUGAGGUGCUCAAAUUGAAAGAUUUUGCCUUUCAUGGUCCAAAGUGGAAACCAAUAGAUGGGGAGUUUCUGGUAUUAAAGUUUUGGAGCGCUUAA